UGAAAAUCAAGUCCGAAAUAUGUCUGGGGGACAGAGUAGUCAUGUUAAACUACUUUUGGCUAUUCAUCAAAAUAUAAUGAUGUAUCCUGGCCUUGACCUUAAAUUAAAUAUAUAGUAGAAGUCAACAGAUUUGAAUGGUCGACUAUGGAACAGUUAGCCAUUCAAAUAUUAUGGAUAGGCAUUGGUCACAAGCAAAUUGCUUUACAAAACGGUAGUUUCGACGGAUUUUACUAGACCUCUCUUAAGAAUUUGAUGUAUUCAGGUUUUUUAAUGCAAACGGAUUCGCUGUUCUCAGUAUUAAGUAUCCAUUACCCUGUACAACUUGUGGAGUGAUGAAAAGUAAUCUAGAGUUCUGUUUUUUCUGCAGAUCUUGCUUUUUAGUUAGACUUAUUUUUUACUUGCUUCCAAACUUGCCGAUCAAUUAAUGAGAUCUUGUUUGUUUUACUGAGUAAAUCAAUUAGCGCAUUACCCAAAACUGCACUAUGUUAACGAGUUAGUAUGUCUUCGGUGGAGUCAAGUAAAGUUCAACACCAUAAUUGCGCAAGUUCACCAGAGUUUCUAAAAUCAACAGAAUGUUCAUUGGAUCCGAGAAAUAAGUUGUUUACUGAUAGUAAACUAAUGUGUUCUUCAAAUGUAAGUGAGACCUAUUGGAUGCAGCUGGACAAGUCGUUAAUUGCCCGACAAGAGGUAAAGUCGGUUGUUACUGAUAUGAAAGCCCAAAAAGAUGUCUUCUCACUAAAUUACCGACCUACUUCAAAAACAUUUAAAACAAACUCACCCCGAUAUUCUCGUAAAAGUUUGAAAACCUAUUGCAAUAAAAAACAUUCCACAUACAAACAGAGUGAAAAUACUACGGAUUCUAACAAUAGUUUAUCGUCAACCAUUGGGAUUUCAAAUAACAAAUCUGGUCACGUAACCCAGUUGGCUAAUCGUGUCGAGCACCUUUUAAUUCAGGAUUCUACUAAUACCUUGUCUCAGAACAGGGAACUACAAUUAGUCUAUCAUACUGAAAAAUCGGACUUCUUGGAAAAUCAUUUAUUGUCCAGCACUAAAAAGAAUCCAAAUAGUUUCAUCCCGAGUCCAGUUACAACUACAUUAUCAUCGCCCUGGUAUCGUCAUUGUAGACCAAAAGCCCCUCCUCCAAUUGUUGCUUUUCCCACUGAAAAUUCUGCGAAAUGCUGUGAAAAUGAAAGUCGUGACUUUGAGCUUUGUGAAGAGAGUGACAGGAGUGGAAAUGAUCAUCUAGAAUUUGAGUGUGAAAACCUGCUUAAACCUGUCCCAUGUCUAUUUUCUUCAGUGUGUUCGUAUUCAACACGCUGUCCAAGCAUACAAGUUCUAGAGGCAGAUCUUAGUCAAGAAAACAUAAACUGGGAUUCGAAUUACCCAACACCACCUUCCCUACCUCCUCCUAGUGGUGUAUCAUUAACACUAAUCAGUCGUUCUUAUUCCCUUCCAUCCCCUCUCAAUAACAAUACUGACGAAGGAUCCAAUAUGCUUUCCGGAACAGUAGCAUAUUUAGAAGAAGUUAAUUUAAAACCUUUGGCUCCCAUAACAAAUAUCCUACCGAAUGGUGGCUCUUUUAUUCGUCGUCAUCCUAAAUGGGCAGUUAGUUGUAGUUCAGACACCAUCAGGUCUCAUACAACUGUUCGUUUCCCUGGUUCAAACUCAAUUAUCGAUUUUGAUUUGAAUUCAUCUCCUUCUGUACCAUCCCCUCCUCCUGUAAUUGUGGAACGUUUGCCAUGUGAACUGGAUAUUUCAGAAUAUCAAGAACAGCACUCAAUUUGUUCAUCUACUCUGAAUAAUCCUAAUCUAGCACGUCCGAUAUUUUUAAAACGUGGAGCACCUGACGAUGCAGAACAAAACCUUGAUGAUAUAAUUGGCUUAGAUAUUAAUAAGGAAUAUGAUUCACCAUCAGCAAUGAAACGUCACUAUUGGGAUCUUACCAAUGAAGAAUAUUCACCUAAAAAAAGUCGUGUUCAGUUACUGUUACCAAGUGAAUGUAGCGCAUUUCUUCCAGUUAAAUCAACUCGUCAAUUGGAUCAUAAACAUAUACACUGUGUUUCUCCACCUUGUUUACGAUAGAGACCCAGUACUUAAAGUACAAUUUGUAUACUGAAUACUUAGUCUUUCAUAUAUAUAUAUACUGUAAAUUUUAACAAACCAUUGAUUUUUUGUUGACAUUUUUGUUAUUUCCGUCAAUGUUAGUGGUUUUGUUAUUUUGCCAUGUACCUACGCGUUGGUAUAGUUCUCUAUUUAUUGACUCUCACUUUCUUUAUUUUCUCUCAAUACAUCCAUUCGUUUAUUUGUCGUUUCCAUUCCGCUUAACCCUCCUGCCCAUAAAUAUUAUUCAAUAACAUUACGAUCACAACUACAGUUUUUAUUCUCUAUUGUUUCUCUUUGUGUUCAUCAUGAUUUAUUUUUGAACAAAGAAAGAGAAUAGGGAAAAAGUAAAAUCUCUAAUCCCCUUAAUUUGCUUUGUGUGUUCCCUUUAUGUAUAGCCUUUAUAUGUUAGUUUCUUUUUGUUUAUUGUUAAAGUUUGUUUACUGUACUUGACUUUUUUCUUUUUUUGGAUAUUUUGUUAUACUAAAUUUAUUGUAUCAAUUACUGUACUGAUUUGAAUUCUGUCUGGUAGUUGUUUUUCCAUUAAUUUUUUUAACCAUUAAAACUGUUAGGAAUGGUAAAUACAAAUGUUCUUACGU